AUGAAACAUCUGGAUGAAAUUCGCUUAAUCCUUAACAAUAACGCCCUUGACAUUCUUGCAAUUAAUGAGUCCAAAAUUGAUAAUCAGAUUUCAAAUAAUGAGAUACAUAUUGAUGGUUUUAAUAUAAUUCGUAAAGAUCGAAAUAGGUUUGGUGGUGGUGUGGUUCUAUAUGUUCGCCAAAACAUAUCAUUCUCAGAUAGAAUAGAUCUAAUCCCUGAUGAACUUGAGAUGGUCUGCAUUGAAUUAAGUUUACCCUACAAUAAAUCACUGCUAAUAAGCACGUGGUAUAGACCACCAAAUUCUCUUAUGAAUAUAUUUGAUUACUGGGCAAGCUUUUUAGCAAAAUGUGAUAAUGAAGAUAAGGAGCUAAUCCUCAUAGGAGAUCUAAAUUGUGAUGUCAGUAAAACUAUACCUGACCCUCACACAUGUAAGUUGCAAUUUUUAUGUUCUCUGUAUCAGAUAGACCAACUUAUUACAGAAUCUACAAGGCUAACUCCUAAAUCAGCUACACUAAUUGAUUUAAUAUUAACAAAUAGACCAGAAAAUAUUUCCAGAUCAGGUGUCAUUCACCUGGGAAUUUCAGAUCACAGCCUUGUCUACGCUGUGAGAAAAUUUACACGACCGAAUGGAAGGCAAAAAAUUCGUCAGGUUCGUAACUUUAAAAACUUUGUCGAAAAUUAUUUCAUUCGGGAUGUGUCUCAAUUGCCUUGGGAGAUGGUCUAUCAGUUUGGAGAUCCCAAUUUAUGUUGGCAAGUCUGGAAAUCACUAUUAUUAGAUGCACUUAAUAGACAUGCCCCUCUGCGCCACAAGCGAAUAAGGAAUAACCCUGUCCCAUGGAUUAAUCCUCAAAUUAAAGAACUUAUGAGAAAAAGGGACUAUCACAAAAAAAGGCCAUAA